AUGGGGGAUGGCUACCAGUUCCCUGUGGCCCUUCAGUGGGAUUUGGGGCCCGAGAAGCUGAAACAGAUGAAGAACAAGUUAAUGGUUUAUUUCGGGAGCAAAAAGAAAUCGAAUGGAGGAGAAUGUGAGAUAAAAGGCAUGGAGUGCACUCAGGGCUAUGUACUAAUAUACUUCAACCAGGAGACAG